UUUUGAAGCAUCCACAUCCGCUGCCACCAACAAACAUGGCCGACAGAGAGAAGCGCCGGUCCGGUGUGUCUCCCCCUGCUGUCGUGGCCGAAGGCAAGACCUCCAAGUCGGACACGGACAGAGACUUCCUAUCGCAGGCCGGCGUCGGGGAGCUUCUGCGCGGGGCCGUGUUAAAGAUGGUCGAAGCCAGGCCGGACGACCCCAUUGGCUUCCUGGCCGACCACUUCGGCAGCCUCGCCUCGGUGGUGGAGGCCGGCAGCGGCGACAAGGACCACCUGAACAACGGCUCGCCGGGAGGAGGAGCCCUGGCUCAGCAGCGUCUAAACCGGGCACUUUGGCACCUGCGCCUGGCUCACCACUCCCAGAGAUCGGCGUUCAGCAACAACGUCCGUGUGGCUUACAACCUACUGAACCUCGCCGGGCCCUGCCAAGGUCCACAUGAGGUACAGGAGGACCCCCGUGACUCCCCGAGGGUGUCAGGUGGAGGGGGGGUCCGAGGGGGCGUGUACAUACAGACUCUGCAGUGCCUGUGCAGCGAGGGCGGCAUCCCGGCCUCCACCGCCGCCCCUCUCCUGUGUCGCCUCCACUGCCAAGACCACGAGGUCGUCCCUUACGACGUCUUCCGCCACGGCGUGCUCACGUGCGCCAUUUUCUCGGACUACAUCCGCCAAGCCCAGCGGCUUUACGCCGAAGUGUGCUGCCCGGACGAGGGGUCGCCGUCACGGGCGCUGUGUCUGGCCGUGCUCGGCACCCUGAAGGACGCCUUAGAGACGUCGCGGGCGUGUGACGCCAACACCAGAGGCGGCCUCUGCUUGGAGUCCGGGGCGAAGGCCGUUCGCUACCUGGAGGCCAACGCCAAGAUGUCGCCGCACCAGCUGGCACAGGCCAUGACGGCGGCGCGCACGCGAGGGCCGGGCGGCGACAUGGACGCGAAGGAAUUCGAGAACGCUGCAGCGGAACUCUUUAUCGCUCGUGUUAAAGUUGUUACUUGACAGUGUGCUACUGCCUCCAGCUGACUACCUAGACCAGUGGUUCUUAGCCUGGGUUCGAUGGAACCCUAGGUGUUCGGUGAGUCGGCUCAGGGGUUCGGCGGAGGUCGAGACACACCCGACUCAUCGUGUAAAUAAAAGCUUCUCCCUAUCGGAGUAUUACGGAUACGGCAACAGCAGAAGUCACACUUAUUUGCAGGUGUGUAAUUUGUUGUGAGUUUAUGCACUGUGUUGGUUUUGUUCUUUGAACAAGGUGAUGUUCAUGCACGCUUCAUUUUGUGCACCAGUAAAAAAACAUGGUAACACUUUAGUAUGGGGAACAUAUUCACCAUUAAUUAGUUGCUUAUUAACAUGCAAAUUAGUAACAUAUUGGCUCUUAACUAGUCAUUAUUAAGUACUUAUUAAUGCCUUAUUCGGCAUGGCCUUAUUAUAACCCUAACCCUUUAACCCUAACCCUAACCAAAUAACUCUAAAUUAAGUCUUUGUUACUUAGAAUAUGUUCCCCAUACUAAAGUGUUACCAAAAACAUAUAACUGUGUCUUGAAUUUGAAAAAAAACAUUUUAUUUUUCACUAAAGAAGGAUUCGGUGAAAGCGCAUAUGAAACUGGUGGGGUUUGGUACCUCCAACAAGGUUAAGAACCACUGCUUUAGAGACUUGAGUAAAAGUAACUUCCACACAGGAGAACUAUAUGCAUGUUCCUUUGUUUGCUGAGAAAUGCAAUAAUGUCCGAUCUUCAACCCGUGCAAUAAAUUCCUUAUUUUGUUGAAGAGGUUCAUUUAGCCUACUGAUGUGUAUUUAUAAAUGGUUGAUUUAUAUAGGCUAGUCCAGUGUUUUUCAACCUUUUUUGAGCCAAGGCACAUUUUUUGCGUUGAAAAAAAUCAAGCAGAAAUCAUUAAAAAACAAACCUCAGUUGACAGUAAAAAGUGGUUGUCGCAAUUGUUGGAUAUGACUUUAAACCAUAACUAAGCAUGCAUCACUAUAGCUCUUGUCUCAAAGUAGGUGUACUGUCACCACUUGUCACAUCACACCCUGACUUAUUUGGAGUUUUUUGCUGUUUUCCUGUGUAGUGUUUUAGUUCUUGUCUUGCGCUCCUAUUUUGGUGGCUUUUUCUCUUUUUUUGGUAUUUUCCUGUAGCAUUUUCAGGUCUUUCUUUGAGCGAUAUUUCCCGCAUCUACUUUGUUUUUAUCCUUCUUUGUGGGGACAUUGUUGAUUGUCAUGUCAUGUUCGGAUGUACAUUGUGGACGCCAUCUUUGCUCCACAGUAAGUCUUUGCUGUCGUCCAGCGUUCUGUUUUUGUUUACUUUGUAGCCAGUUCAGUUUUAGUUUUGUUCUGCAUAGCCUUCCUUAAGCUUCAAUGCCUUUUCUUAGGGGCACUCACCUUUUGUUUAUUUUUUGUUUAAGCAUUAGACACGCUUUUACCUGCAC